GGGGACAUGGCCACAGAACAUAUUAAUGGAAAUGGUCCAGAAGAACCAAUGGACACCUCUGCUGCAGUUACCCAUUCUGAGCACUUCCAGACUUUAUUAGAAGCUGGUUUACCACAGAAAGUUGCUGAAAAACUAGAUGAAAUUUACAUAGCAGGAUUGGUGUCACACAGUGACUUGGAUGAUCGAGCAAUUGAGGCUCUGAAAGAAUUCAACGACGAAGGUGCUCUUCAAGUCCUUUUGCAAUUCAAGGACAGCGACCUCUCACAUGUUCAGAACAAAAGUGCCUUUCUUUGUGGCGUGAUGAAGACAUACAGGCAAAGAGAGAAACAAGGGACCAAAGUGUCAGACACCAACAAAGGACCAGAUGAAACCAAAAUCAAAGCAUUGCUGGAGAGGACUGGUUACACACUUGAUGUCACUACAGGCCAGAGGAAGUACGGCGGUCCGCCACCCGAGUCGGCUCACUCGGGGGCACAGCCCACCGUUGGGACUGAGAUAUUUGUUGGCAAAAUCCCCAGAGACCUCUUUGAGGAUGAGCUGGUUCCUUUGUUUGAGAAAGCUGGGCCUAUAUGGGACCUGCGCCUGAUGAUGGAUCCCCUCAGUGGCCUAAACAGAGGCUACGCCUUUGUCACUUUCUGCACUAAAGAGGCAGCACAGCAGGCUGUCAAAUUGUGCAACAAUAAUGAAAUCCGACCUGGCAAACUCAUUGGCGUGUGCAUCUCUGUGGCCAAUAAUCGACUCUUUGUUGGCUCCAUUCCUAAGAGUAAAACUAAAGAGCAGAUUGUUGAAGAAUUUGCAAAAGUCACAGAGGGUUUAAAUGAUGUCAUUUUGUACCACCAACCCGACGACAAGAAGAAGAACCGCGGCUUUUGCUUCCUGGAAUAUGAAGACCACAAGACGGCGGCUCAAGCCCGCCGGCGUCUGAUGAGCGGCAAGGUGAAGGUGUGGGGCAACGUGGUCACAGUAGAGUGGGCAGAUCCUAUAGAGGACCCAGAUCCGGAGGUCAUGGCCAAGGUAAAAGUGUUGUUUGUGAGGAACCUAGCUAGCUCCGUAACUGAGGAGAUUCUCGAAAAGGCCUUUAGUCAGUUUGGGAAACUGGAGCGCGUGAAGAAAUUGAAAGACUACGCGUUCGUUCACUUUGAGGAAAGAGACGGUGCUGUCAAGGCUCUCGCUGAUCUCAAUGGAAAAGAUCUGGAAGGAGAACACAUUGAGAUAGUCUUCGCCAAACCUCCUGACCAGAAGCGGAAAGAGCGCAAAGCGCAGAGACAGGCGGCCAAAACACAAAUGUACGAUGAAUACUAUUACUAUGCACCGCCUCAUAUGCCGCCGCCCACGAGAGGCCGCGGUAGAGGCGGUCGCGGAGGCUACUCUUACCCUCCCGAAUACUACAGCUACGAAGACUAUUACGAUUACUAUGGAUACGACUACCAUAACUACCGGGGCGGCUACGACGACCCCUUCUACAGCUACGACGAUUUCCAGGGCUCCGGGAGAGGCCGAGGAGCGAGGGGUGGUGUCCGCGGUGGGAUUGGUCAGACCAGGGCCCGCGGCGGCAUCACACCCAGGGGGAGAGUGGGCUUCUCGCAGCGGGGUGGCCCUGGAACAAGCAGAGCAGGCAAGCGGGGCCGAGGCCGGUCCUGA